AUGGCGGAGAGGGUCAGGAUAGAGAGCAGGAAGAGGAAUGAAUGGCCUGGCGGCGGGCAGAGGAUGGAAGAAUCCACGCCACAUAUAGCGGCGCUCGCAGGCAGCGCGAUCCCAACAACGGAGACGGAGAUGGAGAUCCACUCCGGUGCGCCAUGCACCAAGAGGGCGAAGCUCGCGCCACCGGCGACGCCGUCCUCUGGUGGCUUGGCGGUAGCGGCGGGAAGCGGCGAGGACCGUAUCAGCGACCUCCCGGACGCCAUCCUCGGUGAGGUCAUCUCCCAUCUCUCCACUAGGGAGGGCAUCCGCACUCGGAUUCUCGCACGUCGUUGGCGUCCUGUUUGGCCGACCGCUCCUCUGAAUCUUGACUGCCGUGAGAUCCCUGUCGCUCGUCUUUUUAAUGCCCUAGAAACAGUUCAUGUCGAGAUCAUCAGUAGGGUCUCUGCCUACAGCGAGGAGCUUGCUCGUAUACGAUACAUCAGAACUUGGCAUCAGGGAAAAAUAGUUCCUGGAGAUGGUUCUUGCCUUCCAGAGUCCAUCCUCUCCAGCCAUGUGGGCGCAGUUCUCCGCCUUUGUAUACCGGCGUGCUACCUCCAAUGCAGACCCUCUACUGUCCACGCCUGGCUUGAGUCCCCCAGAUUGAAAAAUCUCCAGGUUCUUGAGUUUUACUACCUGUUUCCACGAUUUGUGAAAGAAACUGCCAAACUAUCGCACACAUGCUCUUCAUCUACGCCCUCACUACCAAAGUCCGUCUUUCGGUUUUCCUGUUCUCUGCGCACUGUGAGCUUCGCGUGUUGCCAGCUACCAGACCAUUAUGUAGAGUUACUUGAACUACCACUGGUCAAGAGACUUUCGCUUGUUGAGGUUGAUAUAUCAGACUUCUCGUUGCAAAGCAUGAUCAACUCUGGUUGCCCUGCACUCGAGUGCCUGCUGCUUGUUUGCAGUAGAGAAAGGCAUCGGAUCACAAUAAAUCCCCCUAACCUUGUAAGCAUCGGCAUUCGUGGUGAGAUAGGAAAAUUCAUCAUCGAGGAUGCCCCCUCACUUCAAAGGUUGAUCCACGAUCUCCAGAGCAAUAACAUGGAGGUAUUCAUCGUCUCUGCACCCAAACUGGAGACAUUGGGCAAAUUCAGGAUCUCGCUUGACUCCACAGGUCUUAUUGUACUGACAUUUCACAAUAAUUCCAGCUGCAUUUCCUUGAGAAAGUAG